GCGUACCCAGAGUUUACGAACGCGCCGCUUGAAGAGGGUAUCAAACUUGCAUCACAUCUUUCCCCUUGUAAAACAGUUUUGACAAGUCGUCCGUUCGUCGGUCAAGUCAUUUAGUCUCUCUUUAAAUUCAACGCGCUCAUAUAUAUUUAGAUCACAGAAAUGGCGUCGACUGAAAAGACAGUCACGCUGUGGCUUUACAGAGCUAUUGCUUUUUUAUCGGUUGUCGCCUUAUUGUCGAGCAAAGUCGUAAAAGCCGAUGACGUUCGACGAAAAACUUUGACGUUUCAUUCUAGUUUGGAACAAAAUAGCAGGAAAACAAGAGACAUUGUCCUUCCAGUUAAUGAAUAUGGGGAUGGAAAAGAUUUUUCCAUUAACCAGCAUGUUUCAGAACACAUUGAAAACGACAGGGUCAAGCGACAGGCUCCAACCUUACUCUCACAGGGUAGCAGUGUUCGAGGUUUUUUGCCAACACUUCCUGCCAACAGCACUAGUGUGUUUCCUUUGAAUGACACACACUUUAUGCUGACUGUUCACUGGGCUGGAGAAGGUUCAGAUGUUGUUGUUUGCCUUGCUCGAAAUCCUACACAGAGUGCUGAUGCCUCCUCAUCCGUCUUCGUGUCCUACGAUUACGGACGUUCAUUUGUCCGCAAGGACCACCUGUUCGUGCUGCCGAAUGGCAAGCCAGCAUCCAUCGGUCGUUUCUUCAACCAUCCCAAAGUCAACAGUCAUUAUGUGUUUACCGAUGUCACCAACAAGCACAUGUUUACCACGACAAACAGUGUACAUACGGUCCAGUCGUAUCCACUGGAUUUUGCUCCCGAAGAUAUCACAUUCGAUGAGAAGAAACCCUUUUCUAUUAUCGCUUAUGAUAAGUCGGAUCGCCUUCGUCGGUUGUGGUUCAGUCGGAAUUUUGGAAUGGAUUGGUCGACGGUCCGUGAAUUUGUUAAGUCGUGGUUCCUCGACGUGACAACAUCACCUACCACGUUGUACGUAGAAUACGAAACCCCCGGAGCCGAUAACAUCGUCUUAUCCUCAAUCAGCAUGUUUACCGCCACCAAUGAUGCUAAAGUCGUCAUUGCCAAUGUAGAAGAUUUCGAAUUGAGGGACGAUUUUAUGCUGGCCACUCGACGCAAUCCUGGCGGCGAUUUAGAUCUACUUGUUUCCUACAAAAGAGGGCCUUUCGUGGUGGCUAGCUUUCCUUCUAAAUUGCGUCGGCGUGAUUUCCAUAUUGCCGAUAUUUCCGAAGGCCAAUUAAUGGUCUGCGUCAAUCACGACUCGAUGUUGACCAAUCUCUACAUUUCAAACGUGCCCGACGACACGAAGGGAGUUCAAUUUUCCUUGUCGCUCGAACGUGUUCUAUAUUUCUACCCGGAAGGAGCUUUUCCCAAUUCGUGGUUGAAGGAUGUAGGAGCCGAGGCAUUCAUCGACAUCCAUCGGGUGGGUAAACUAAGAGGGAUUUAUAUCGCCUCGCAGUUCCGUGAUGCGAAUGCUACGGCCCUGACAAAGACGAGCGUCACUCCCGAUGAUUUGGUGACAGUUGUCACUUUCGACAAGGGCGGUGAGUGGAAACUUAUCCAGCCGCCCAGGUACGAUGACGAGGGUCAAUCCAUCGACUGCCAACGCAGUAAAGGAUGUUCGUUGCACCUCAGUCAAAGACUUUCACAGCUCUAUCCCAUUAACAAGACGGCCCCGAUUUUAACAAGCUCUUCUGCUCCGGGAAUUAUUGUCGCUACGGGCGUCAUUGGAGCUUCUCUUAAAGGUCACCCGGGCGUGUUUGUGAGUGCCGAUGCUGGAUUAACGUGGCAUCAAGUGCUGAAAGGCAGCUAUUGGUACACGAUGGGCGAUCACGGUGGUGUGCUGGUGGCAGUAAAGAUGUUCCGCGCUGAUGCUGCCACUACAGAAUUACUGUACUCGACGGAUGAGGGUGAAACAUGGAACACGCAUCAAUUCAUCGAUGAACCCAUGCGCGUGUACGGUCUCAUUACCGAACCCGGAGAAAACACUACCAUAUUCACAAUGUUUGGCUCAAAAUCUGGUAGUCACCAAUGGAUUAUUGUCACUGUAGACCUCAAAGCGGCUUUCCAAUACGAAUGCAAAGAGGAGGAUUACAAAUUGUGGUCUCCAAGCGGCAGUUUAUCUGGACGACCUUGUCUGUUAGGUCAUCAACUUAGCUACCAACGACGAAUGGCCCACUCGAACUGCUACAAUGGCAAAAGUUAUAGCCGCCCUACUAUUAUUGCCAACUGCGAAUGUCGCCGAGAAGACUACGAGUGUGAUUUUGGAUUCAAAGAAGAGGAAGUAACGAAUCAAUGCAUUCGAGAUCCAGAUUCCACUGUCGAUGUUUUCUCUGUGCCCAUGAAAUGCCCGCCAGGCGAAUUCUAUAAUCGAACCAAAGGCUAUCGAUUAGUUCCCGGCGACACUUGCGUCGGAGGAGAUGGUGGUUCUCGAUUCGCACCUGAUAAGGUCGCAUGUCCCGUCACGGAAGAAGCCGAUUUCAUCCUAGUGGCCCAGCGACAGAAAAUUCUUCGCAUCGACUUGAGGAACACAGAACGUCUGGACGAAUUUCCCCUUCCAGCAUUGCAGAAUGUUUUCGCUCUGGAAUUUGAUAUCCGCUCCAAUUGCGUCUACUGGGCUGAUUCGCUGCAAGACAAAAUUUGGCGUUUGUGCCUAGAUGGGAAAAGCGUCCCGCAAAUCUUGGUCGAAACUCAGUUGGAGAGCAUCGAAGGCAUGGCCUUUGAUUGGCUAAGCAACAACUUGUACUUUGUUGACGGAGCCCGUGCCAAAAUUGAAGUCAUUCGAACAGACAUAAACAAUACGGGCAGAAUGAGGCGAACCAUUCUCAACGGAACUGUUUUGGACAAGCCUAGGGGUAUCACGGUGCACCCCGUACGCGGUUACAUGUUCUACACGGACUGGUCGACGGAGAAAGCCUGUGUUUGCAGGGCCAAUCUGGAUGGCUCAUCCCAGGAAAAGCUAAUAGGGGCUCCAAUGGUUCAAUGGCCCAAUGGUGUAACGAUCGACUUCUUUGCCGACCGGCUUUACUGGGUUGAUGCAAAAAGCGACUACAUUGCAUCUGCCGAUUUGGAUGGCAAAAACAUUAAAAAGAUAUUAGAGGGAACGGAUCAAACACUUCACCCGUUCUCCGUGGCCGUAUUCAAAAACGUCAUGUACUGGGAUGAUUGGAAUGCUCAGGGUAUCUUCAUGGCAGACAAGAACCGCGGCACAGGUCUCUCUACUAUUGCUAGUCGGCUUCCUGGAGUCAUGGAUCUAAAGAUCUUCUCGCAAAGUUUGCGGCACGGUAGCAAUGCUUGUUCUACUAAUUCUAGCAGCUCAGCUAGUGUCUGCCCAUUCCUGUGCAUGGGUCGACCCAACAACGGUUAUUCCUGCAUAUGUCCAGAUGGAAUGCACGUCGAAUUGCAGGCCAAUGGCAGUGAAAAGUGUCUCUGUCCUGACGGCCAUGCCCCUCAAGCUAAUGGGUCCUGUUCAUUAGUGAAUCAAACUUGCCCGGAAGAUUAUUUUGAAUGUCAAACGCUAGAAAUGUGCAUUCCUAGCUUAUGGAGGUGCGAUGGAGAUAACGACUGCCACGAUAAAUCAGAUGAAGCCAAUUGCACAACACCGUCCUGCAGUUCAUCCCAGUUUCAAUGCGGAAAUGGCCGUUGUAUCCCGUCGCAUUGGCGAUGUGAUUUCGACAACGAUUGUCUCGAUGGCAGCGACGAAGUUAGUUGCGACUAUAAUCCUUGUUCAUCGGAUCAAUUUCGUUGCAACAACGGCCGCUGCAUUUCGGCCCGCUGGCGAUGUGAUUUCGAAGACGAUUGUCGCGACGGUUCCGAUGAAGAUAAUUGCACCACGACGUCGAUCCCCAGUGGCAAUUCCACGGCCACCACUUGCCGACCUGGAGAAUUUUCCUGCGAAUCGAAUCACUACUGUCUUCCAGCUGCCUGGAAAUGUGAUGGAGAAAGCGACUGUAUUGAUGGCUCGGACGAGCACGAUUGCAGUAACAAUUCUUGCGAGCCAUGGCAGUUCCAGUGCGCUAACAAGCGAUGCAUCAUGAAAUCGUGGGUGUGUGACCGAGAAAAUGACUGUCAUGACGGAUCGGACGAAAUCAAUUGUACCACCACAUCCACUAUUAGUCCGCCGAGGCCGUUUGUUCCGCUGUUCCCUCAGGGCAACUGCAGCGCCACCAUGUUUGAAUGUGGCAAUCGUAAUUGCGUUCCGCUUUGGUGGAAAUGCGAUGGCCAGGACGAUUGCGGUGAUGGAUCUGAUGAAUUGGCUUGCCCGGGGUCUAAUCCUACUAACUCGACCGUCACCACGACAGCCGCUCCAGACAGCCACACUUGCGGCGAGAAUCACUUUCAAUGCAAUAAUGGCGAUUGCAUUUGGGAAUCUUGGGUUUGUGACAAGGAAUCGGAUUGUGCCAGCGGGGAAGACGAAGAAAAUUGUCAUGGAACCGAAACAGGUGAAGGAGGAACCGAAUGCACCGAAUUCCGCUGUCUUCAUUCUGGCGGAUGCAUCCCCUUCUCUGCGCUGUGCAAUGGUCAUCAGGAUUGCGCCGACAAUACGGAUGAAGAGGGCUGUGGUCUCAUCAUGCCAGGAACUAAUUUGACUGUGGAAUGUCCGCGAGGAUCCUUCCGCUGCGACGGCUCCAUGUGUUUGCCUUUGCGCCUCUACUGCAACAACGUGACGGAUUGCUACGACGGCACUGAUGAAUUGAAUUGCGCAUCCGAUAAACGCGUCUACCAAGUGUCCCGCAUCUUUAUCGAUGACAAGUAUUCCAACAGCACAACUCUGUUGGUCGAAUGGGAAAUUCCUCCACCCGCUAACGGAACUCAGCUUCAAUAUUUGCCUUCUUACUCUGCCGUUGGUCGACCAGCUGUCAACGGCACCCAAUGGCUCAACACGACGUGGACCAACGCUACUGAAUUGCGCCUCUUCAAUUUGACAGCCUACACGCUGUACAAUAUCACCGUUUAUGUAAGACCAUUGCAAGAAACUGAUGUAGGAGAUGCGCAUCCACCUUCGCUCUAUGUCACGGCUCAAACGGCUAUGGGUGCUCCGUCCGCGCCGUGGAACGUUAGCCUUCAUCAAGUCAGUCAUUCGGAAGUUCAUGUUCGCUGGAAUGCACCAGUGAAGCCCAAUGGAAUAAUCACAACGUACCGGAUUUACGUGGAGCCCAUGGCUCCUCCUCUGGUGGUUGCCGUUCCCGUCAGCAAAACGGAUGCCAUUGUCAGCUACAAGUUUACUGCUGGAACCAACUAUUCAUUCCAGGUGGGCGCGGAGAAUCGCUAUUCGGCUGGCGAGCGAUCCGCUCGCAAGUAUUUAGCGUUUGACGGCUCGGCUAUCAUUCCGUUGGUGGAGAAUUUGCGCACGUCUUCCAUCGGCAACUCGUCCGUCCUGCUAUCGUGGUCAGCGCCGAGCGGUAGCAAUAGCAACAUCACGGGUUAUCAGGUUGUCGUCAAGAGCGGCAAUUAUUAUGCUCAAUAUCCGGUGAUAAAUACGACGUCGACCAGCAUCAACGUGACUGGACUUUCUCCAGGCGUCCGUUACAAUUUGGAAGUUUCGGCCCGUCGUGCACGCUUUACUGGACCACCGUCUUCAAUAUUGGCCAUUACCACCGGCGAAGAAUUGCCUGGUAUUAGUGAUUUACGCGCCAGCGUUGCCAAAGGUGACAUGACGGCUGUCAAAUUGGAAUGGCAUCCGCCCAAGGACAAGCGCAAGCUCAAAUGGGAAUAUGGCAUCUAUUACGGUGUCAACUUAAAGGAAAUGUACCUGAACGGUGUACGUAACCGGACAACGGACACGACCUUCACGGUCAGAGAACUGGCGGCCUGCGAGUCGUACACUUUCGAUGUGGCUAUUAUCGGGCCCAUCGGUUAUGGUUCCGGCUCGGAUGGAAUGGUCUCGUUGACAACGGAAUUUGAUCACCGUUCGCCACCCAAGAAUUUAGCUGUUCGUCCAGCCAUGUCUGGCUCGAAUGACAUGGCUGUGAUCAGCUGGGCACCGCCUUGCGUCGUUCUCGGCAUCGAUUCAACCGGUUUAGGUUACUUGGUUGACAUUCGUGACGUAACGCUGGACAAAAUGUCGCACGUGACUCUACAACCGAGUCGUAAUGCGUCCGUCCAAUUGCCGCUGGAAGUCCAUUACGGAGCCCAGUAUGAAAUCAGUGUCCAAACGGACGCUACAGGAGCCCGUCCAUCACCUGUGGUGACAUUGUCAGGCCCAGCCAUUCCUCCACCUCAUCAGCUUUCCAUCGGCAAACAAGUUGGCGGUAACGUGACAUUGUACUGGAGAAACCAGGAUCUCCCACACGAGAUCGUUUCACACAAUUAUUCCUACGUCAUCUGGAUCAGCAAAGAUAGCACCUUCCAAGAUCUCAACAAGACGCUGCGUUACGAGUCAAAGGAGCCUUUAUUUCAGUUGCCAGAAGAUCACCACGGUGAAAUGUAUUACGCGGCUGUGUCUAUUGUCGAUUCGCAUGGCUACUCAUCGGCUCGCUCGGAGCCGUUGGAUAUGCUUUUCGUCUUUGCCGAAGAAAUCACGCCGUCUUCUGGAACAGCUGAGGCCGGAUCGUCCCACAUUUAUGUAGCCGUUUCCAUUGGCGUCAUCAUCGCUUUGGCUUUGGGUGCUAGUUUAGUGAUGCUCUUGAUCCGCCAUCGUCGACUUCAACGCUCUUUCUCCUCGUUUGCUUCGACGCAUUUUAAUACGAGAUCGGAAUCCACUAUAUUUUCUGACCAAACACUCGAAGAUGAUGAUUCGCCCGUCAUUCGUGGAUUCUCCGAUGACGAACCUCUUGUGAUUGCGUAGUUGAAAAAAAUUGGAAUUUCACCCAAAUUCUACUAAAGAAGAAAGAAUGAGCCUUUUUACUAUUUUCUUGUGGUGGUAUGCAUCAGUCCUAGAAUUUCUGAAGGGGCUGUUUGAAAAAAAAAAAAAAGAGAAAAACGUAAAAGACCUUGGUCAAAUAUCUUAUCCCACUUCUUACCAAUCCUGUAUUUCCUAUCCUUCUGACCUAUAAAAAAGAAAAGAACUCUGAAAACUUUAAAUAUUAUCACCCAAAAAAGUUUUCGUUUUGGGUUUUCCCUUGAAUGAGAGAGCAGGAAAAAUGUCGGUGAUCGCUAAAAAGAUAAGCCUUGUGUAAAAGAUCCCGUCUCUCCUCAUUCCCAUUUGUGAUAAUUCCCGAUUUUCUCCCCGUUUAUUCCUUUAACCCCCACUUUGAUUGUAUUGAUUUUUUUUUUUUGUUUUAUGUGAUGGGGUUGAUUGAGGGAUUCGGUUAAACAACACAACCUUGCCGAUUGAUACCGCUCUCUUAAUUUGUCAUCACAUUUUUUUUUUUCUAAACCAAAAAACAUUUCAACAUAU